AUGCAGAGCUCGUCGGGCUCAAGCAGUAGCUUCGAUGGCGUUGAAUGGAAUCGGAUCGUCAAUCGGGUUUUGAAUGCGUGGGGUGGUUACCAGUUGGCUGUUCAAAUGGACGCUGGUGGACCUGAUACAAAAGAGAAACAUGAGUGGUUUGCAAGUGUCUUGGCCGAGCAUAUUCACGAAAAAAAGGGGCUCAAGAUUGAUAACCUAGAAGAAUGGAUGGAGAACAUUCUUUACACGGAUUUUGAUUUGGUUCUUGAAGACGAUAGCAUUAACCCGACAUCACAUAUCCUACUUGAGCUCCACAGUUAUUUGAAGACAAACAAUCGUAUGAGGUUAGAACAACUACUCGCAACACUUCCAAACGAAGAAGAGAUAAGAAAGGCAGCAAAUGAGUCACGGGGCCUCGAUGAUGGAGCAAGCACAAGCGGCGAUGAGGAUGCAGAAAUGCAAGAAAACGCAGAAAAUGAAGCUGAAACUUCAGGCCCCCGGGUACCAAAAGAAAAGCAACCACGGACGGUGACAGACGAUGAUGGCUGGACUACAAUUGUCAAGCGAAAA